GAUGGGUGGGGAGCUGCCCGCCAGUUCUUGUCCGCUAAGGGGAAUGAUUCAUAGAGUGUCAGGAGGGACAGUUCUGCUGGUGAAAGCCAACUCCGGAUCUAAACUCUUCUCCAAGGCUGGUAGAUCGAUGAGAGUAGGCAGGGGCAGAGCCUGACCCCGUUGCUGGCGGCUCGUCAGGCCUCCAUUAAGCCCUGGGCCUUGCAGGGGGAGGCCUCGAGGCGCCGGUUGCUGGGGGAGCGGUGACGUCUCGGGGUGAAAGUUGAGGGGCGGUGACGUACGGCCUGCCCGGGCGGAGGCUGGCGGGUUGGAGACUGGAGGGAGGGAGGGAAGGAGGGAAGGAAGGAAGCUGGGAAGGAGCGAGGUAGCGGGGGCGCGAGGCGUUUACCUGGGAGGCAGCGGCUGGGGCGCGCACAGCGGCCGCGGCUCCCCCGCACCUGCGGCCAUGGAUGAAGAGCGCGCCCUCUACAUCGUCCGGGCCGGCGAGGCGGGGGCUAUCGAGCGGGUCCUGAGGGAUUACAGCGACAAGCAUAGGGCUACUUUCAAAUUUGAACCAACAGAUGAAGAUAAAAGAAAGAAACUCUGUGAAGGCAUAUUUAAAGUCCUUGUAAAGGACAUCCCAACAACCUGUCAAGUGUCCUGCCUGGAAGUGCUCCGCAUUCUCUCCAGAGACAAAAAGAUUUUAGUUCCUGUAACAACUAAGGAAAAUAUGCAAAUACUGCUGAGACUAGCCAAGCUGCACGAGUCAGAUGAUUCUUUGGAGAAGGUGUCAGAGUUCCCGGUUAUUGUGGAAUCGUUAAAGUGUCUGUGUAACAUCGUGUUCAACAGUCAGAUGGCCCAACAGCUCAGCCUGGAACUGAAUCUCGCUGCAAAGCUCUGUAACCUCCUGAGAAAGUGCAAGGACCGAAAAUUUAUCAAUGACAUAAAGUGCUUUGACUUGCGUUUGCUCUUCCUCUUGUCACUUUUGCACACUGACAUCAGGUCACAAUUGCGCUAUGAGCUCCAGGGACUCCCGCUGCUAACCCAGAUCUUGGAAAGUGCCUUUAGCAUCAAGUGGACCGAUGAGUACGAGUCGGCCAUAGACCAUAAUGGACCUCCUCUUCCACCUCAGGAGACAGACUGUGCCAUCGAGGCCCUCAAAGCUCUCUUCAAUGUGACAGUAGACAGUUGGAAGGUGCAUAAAGAGAGCGACUCUCACCAGUUCCGAGUCAUGGCAGCUGUCCUUCGCCAUUGUUUACUAAUCGUAGGUCCAACUGAAGACAAAACGGAAGAGCUGCACAGCAAUGCCGUCAACCUUUUAAGCAAUGUUCCAGUCUCUUGUUUGGAUGUUCUCAUUUGUCCAUUAACCCACGAAGAAACAGCCCAAGAGGCCACGACUCCAGAUGAACUGCCCAGUGAUAAAACAGCGGAGAAAGACACAGCUUUGACAAACAAUGCCAUGGUAUACAAUGGCAUGAAUAUGGAGGCCAUUCAUGUCUUACUCAGUUUUAUGGAGAAGAGAAUUGACAAGGGAAGCAGCUAUAGAGAGGGUCUAACUCCAGUUCUCAGCUUAUUAACAGAGUGUUCCCGAGCCCAUCGGAACAUCCGAAAAUUUCUCAAAGAUCAGGUUUUACCACCGUUGAGGGAUGUGACAAACCGGCCUGAAGUGGGCUCGACAGUGAGGAAUAAGCUGGUGCGCCUCAUGACACAUGUCGACCUUGGGGUCAAGCAAAUUGCUGCUGAGUUCCUUUUCGUCCUCUGCAAAGAGAGAGUGGACAGCCUGCUGAAGUACACUGGCUAUGGGAACGCUGCAGGACUGCUGGCGGCCAGGGGCCUCUUGGCUGGAGGAAGAGGAGAUAACUGGUACUCAGAGGACGAGGACACGGACACCGAAGAAUACAAAAAUGCAAAACCAAACAUUAAUCUUAUCACUGGUCAUUUAGAGGAACCCAUGCCAAACCCUAUAGAUGAAAUGACAGAAGAACAAAAAGAAUAUGAAGCCAUGAAACUUGUCAACAUGCUUGAUAAACUUUCCAGAGAGGAGUUGCUUAAACCAAUGGGACUAAAGCCUGAUGGGACAAUAACGCCUUUGGAGGAAGCUCUCAGCCAGUAUUCCGUCAUCGAAGAGACCAGCUCCGACACGGACUGAAGAGCACCGUCGCCUGUUCCACUCUCAAUAUGGCUUUUAUCAGCAUCUUCUCUCUGUAGCUCCAGGGGAAUCUUCUUCUCUAAACAUGUAUGCCCUUGCUUUGGCUAGAAACACAUGAGCUGGUUCCUUGGGGAACCAGCAUAUUUAAGAGGUGGUCCUGUGUUCUCUGCAACAUCGAGGCAUCUACACAGAGCUGGAGUUAGGCAGUCGCGGGCUAGGAGCAGAAACGGUCAUUCCAUUUCAUCAGGAUGCAGUGUGGACUUCACUCUGCACAGCAGCCUGGUCCAGCCUGGCAGUCCUGUUGCCGGGAUUCCUAGCUGAAGAUCCAGCCGUGUCCUUCCACCCACUCAUGUAAACCGCCCCUUCUGAGUCUGUCCAGAACCCGAGGCACAUGAGCGCCUGUGGAGCUAGUACCAAGGGCUGAGGCAGGGGACUCCUCAGUGACCCAGCCCCACACUUCCCUUCAGUUUUGUAUACACAUGGAAACAUGCACAGAGCCCCAGACUUACAAAGUUUGUAUGUCACCCCGCUAAACUUGAGAACACAGCUCUCCUGAGGAGUUAGAUGACGGCUUCGUUCCAGGCAGCUACACGUGCCUAUUCAUCCCUCAUGUUCUGAACACUACACGUACCGUAGGGCUGGACCACCAUCCGUACUGUGGCAUCCAGAGCGCGCGCAUUCUGAGCUCUCAGGGUGCCGAGUGCACACUCAUCCUCCAGGCAACAGAGAGGAUGGGGCUCCCCAGUAGUGGGGUUCUCAUGGCCUGUGCUGGGGGUAGGGAGCCAACAGCACCAUUUGUACAUAAAGGUCAUUCGUAUGUCACGUUUUAAACAAGGGUCUCUGUGUGUAUUUGUGUGUGUUCUUUCUACCAUAUGUGAUCAGUUUAAUGGUAACUUUAUUUAUUUAAAAAAGAAACACAAAUAGUUACUAUUAAACUGAUUAAGGCUGUUUAUUUUUACUCUUAGAAAUGGUCAUAUGAAGUAGAUGUGCAAUCAUGUAGACAGUGGGCCAAGUUGAUCAGUGGCUAAAGUUGAAAAGGGGUUGGUUUCCUUUCAUAUAUGUAUGUGUAGGUACACACACAUGCAUAUAUGCACACACAUAGAUUAUGUGCUUAACCACUGCCUUUUAAAACUUUAAAUUAAAUAAAACAUUGGGGAUGAUUCAAUUUA